GCGGUCUUGCAUUUGAAGCUAGCCAAAAAAAAAAACUGAAGGCGAAGCAACAGCAGCUGCAAAGGAACAAGCUAAACAGGAAUUGAAAAGGAAGGACGCGAGGAUUGCCUGUAAACUUUUCUCGCUUGUGGUUCCCCGCAAAAUCAACAAGCUUGCAUUUGUAGGAUUGAGGGCAAAAAGCGUGACGAAUCGUCUCGCUCGUCGCCACUUUUCUCGAUGCUAACUCUUGUGCUGCGACGGGUGUCACAUGUCAGGCGCUACUGUCGCAACAACUUGCCCGUUCUCACACUGUACACCAAGGAUCCGUGUCCUCUGUGCGAUGAAGCCAAAGAAGCACUGCAGCCACUCAAACACAAAAGUCCCACAGAGUUCCGAACACUCAACAUGGACACCGGGCACGGAACUCAGCGACUCUCUGGUGGACAUAUACACAGAUAACCCUCAAGUGACCGAAGAACUGCGGCGGCGGCUUCCUUCGCCCGCUCAGCGCUCCAGCGCCGAGCCACCCGCCGACCUUGCGGUCCUGCAGGUCCCCCCGCUGGCACCCCGUACCGGCGCCACCCCUCCUCCGGCCCACCGGCGAACGCCUUACCCGGCGUCCUCCCGAACGUUGGCGGGCGGCACAGACAUGGAGGCGGAAUUUUCGGCCACUGGAGGCUCUCCGUCGGGUCCCGAGACCAGCGGGGGUUCUGGUGGUCCCACGGUGGGAGGGCUCUUUGUCAGCAGCCAUGGCGACGCGGCAACCUACGGUCAAGCCCCGCCUCCGGACACCGACAAGAAGGUGUCUCUGCUACUCCGGGAGUUGGAUGCCCUGAGGGACGCCAACAAGAAGUUGCUGGAGCAGCUGAGCCUGAAGGAGGAGGAGCUACAGAGGAAGGAGGCGGAGCCGAUGGCCGACGCCAAGCGGGCCCAAGACUGGGAGGCGCCUUCGGCGUUCUUGGACGAGCUGUUGAGCGCUCGCAAGACCCGAGACGAGGCCAUGAUGGCGCGAGUGCUGUUGGCCAACGAGGAGCGAGAUGAGGCCUUGCGCCACGUGGCGAGACUGCAGCGGGCUGCCGAGUCCGACUGGCCCUCAGCGUCGGCCCUCGGCGACGGCGACUCGGAAGCGGCGGAACUCCUGGAGCGCGUGCGCACGUCGGCCUCGGCGCAGGAGGUGGCCCGCUUCGGCCGGGCCCUGGUGGAGCGAGUGCGCGCGUCCUCGCGGCGGCGCGGCGACGUGGCGGCGCAGGAGAUGAGGGCCGUCAUGGAGCAGCGAGACGCUUCGCACGCCAAGUGUCGACACCUGCAACAGGAAGUCCUGCGGGAGAGGGAGCAGGGGGGGGCCAAGGAGGAGCUCACGAAACUUCGGCAGGAGCGGGACACGGCCCUGGACGACAGGAAGCGUCUGGAGGCGGAGCUCGAGCGUCUGGAGGCGGAGCUCGAACGCCUGCGGGCCCAGCGCAGCCCCGAGCGGCCGGCGGAGGCUCCGCCCGCCGCUGACGGGCAGCCCCCCCGGUCUCCGCCGCUCCUGACUCAGCUCCGGCGGCUGACCGAGGACAAGCUGGAUGUGGAGGCGGAGCUUCGACGCUGCCGGAAGGCGGAGCGAGACGCCAGCGAGAACGUCCGCAGGUUGGAGCGUCUGGUGGAAGUGCUGAGGAAGAAAGUGGGCACGGGGAGCCUGCGCGCCGUCGUCUGAACGCCGCCGCCUCAUCUUUUGCCGCCAUCGGCGGGACGUCGACGCUUUUCUGCUCUCAAUAAAACGCCAUUUGGAGAAA